UCACACUUCUCCUUGCUAGCACAUCAUUUACCCAAAAAGAAAAGCAUCCAACUUCAUCCAGUUUUGUUCUAUCACCAGCCAAAACAGAAUGUCGACAUUGGAAACAACACCGUCUCCGCCGGAGCAGAAGAAGGUAUUCCUGGCGGCAGUGGACGAGAGCGAAGAGAGCAUGCACGCCUUAUCGUGGUUCGCCAACAAAAUCCUGCCUGCGUCUUCCUCCGGCCACCACCGCUCUACUCUCGUCCUUCUCUACAUCAAGCCUCCGCGGUCCCUCUAUCUAUACCCCGACGAUGCAGGGCACAUGUUUUCGGCUGAUGUAAUGACGGCCAUGGACAAGUACAGAAACGACGUUGCUGAGUGCGUCAUGUUAAAGGCCAAAAGGGUCUGUAAUGAAGCAGCUGGUAACAAUGAUCAUCAUCAUGUGAAGGUGGAGACGAUGAUAGAGAAUGGGGAUGCGAGAGAUGUGAUUUGUCAGGUUGUUGAUAAGCUAUGUGUUGACGUUCUUGUGAUGGGCAGCCAUGGUUACGGCCCUAUCAAGAGGGCGUUUCUUGGCAGUGUGAGCAACCAUUGUGCUCAGAAUGUGAAGUGUCCAAUCUUGAUCAUCAAAAGGCCCACAUCCAACUAAUGGAAGAUACCAUCCCCCACCAACUUCUGAUUGCUUCGUAGUUCAUUCCAUGUUGUACGUUGUGUCUUAAAAGGAUCAUCAUCCAACGUUGUGAUUUUCAUUUCCUCCAUUUUAUUUAGGAGAUUUCUGUUGAACCUCUAGAUUUUACUUUUGUGGAUCGUAAAUAAUAAUUAAAAAUAAGCAUUCUCAC